AUGUCGGAGCAACGCCAAGUGCAUCGUUCCAGCGGUUGGGUUAGGGACUACAAACCUGGUCCCUAUCCAAAGACACAAGAAGAGCGAGAAGCAGCUGCUCGUAAGUACAACCUCAUACCUGAAGAUUACGAGCCUUACGAAGAGGGCUCUGGUUAUGGUGACUAUCCGAAGCUGCCAGCCGUCGGUCAGGAUUCUCGUGAUCCAUAUGAAGACUUUGACUACUACUAUCGCCGGCGAAACUUUGGCGAAACGGUGCACAUAGACUAUGAUAUUCAUAUGUCUGAAAAAUCAAACCCUAAUGUCAUUUAUCGUUAUCCUGUACCCUUUAUGAUUGGUACGAUUGUUAGCGCUUUUGCGGCUUUCUUCUUAUUUGGGUGGAUUGACCGUAAGCUUGAUUUGCGCACAUCAAAUCCAAUGAAGCCCAAGCAAUACUGGCCUCCACCACCCGGCGUCAAGCACUACACCUUUGAGCCUGCUGAUUAG